UGACGCCGAAAUUACGUCAUUACGUCCCUUUUCCGCUAAGGCUCCGGCGGCUGUAACACGAGUUAUCAUCUUUUCUCUCUUCACGGGAGUCGUACAUCAUAACCUGGACCAAGUGGCAUCGUUUAGUUGACCGACAUGAAACCUAUCUUGCUUCAGGGCCAUGAGAGGUCCAUCACUCAAAUCAAGUACAACAGGGAAGGAGACCUGCUCUUCUCUGUCGCCAAAGACACUGUCGCCAAUGUGUGGUACUCUGUGAACGGUGAAAGGCUCGGAACCUACAAUGGACACACAGGAGCAGUGUGGUGUGUCGACUGUGACUGGGACACUAAGAACGUGUUGACGGGAUCUGCAGACAACAGCUGCAGACUGUGGGACUGUGAGACUGGUAAACAGCUGGCUCUGCUAAACACCAACUCCGCCGUCAGAACAUGUGGCUUCGACUUCAGCGGAAACAUCAUCAUGUUCUCCACAGACAAACAGAUGGGCUACCAGUGCUACUUGAACUUCUUUGACCUGAGGGAUCCACAGCAGAUCGAGGACAAUCAGCCAUACCUGUCGAUACCUUGCAAUGACGCAAAGAUCACCAGUGCUGUGUGGGGACCUCUGGGAGAAUUUGUCAACGCUGGCCACGAGAACGGAGAGAUCAACCAGUUCAGCGCCAAGUCUGGAGAGAUUCUGAAGAAGGCCAAGGAGCACAGCAGGCAGAUCAACGACAUCCAGACCUCAGUGGAUCUCACCAUGUUCAUCAGCGCCUCAAAGGACAACACUGCCAAGCUGUUUGACUCAACGUCUCUGGAACACAUAAAGACCUUCAAGACAGAGAGACCCGUCAACUCUGCUGCCAUCUCCCCCAUCAUGGAUCACGUGGUGAUGGGAGGCGGUCAGGAAGCCAUGGAGGUCACCACCACCUCCACUAGGAUCGGAAAGUUUGAGGCGAGGUUUUUCCAUGCUGCCUAUGAAGAGGAAUUCGGCAGGGUCAAAGGUCAUUUCGGUCCCAUCAACUGUGUGGCAUUCCACCCCGAUGGCAAAAGUUACAGCAGCGGAGGAGAGGACGGAUACGUCAGAAUUCAUUACUUCGACCCACAAUACUUUGACUUUGAGCUGGAGGCGUAAAAAAAAAAAAAAAACACACCGACCUCCCUGACUGACCCCACAGCUUCAGCUAACAUCGGACUCAGCCCAGUCAGGAGGGAUUUCCACUCUCGUCGUUCCUUUCCUCUGAACUGAUCUGAAGUCAGGUCAGCUAUCGGCUUCACGUCAGUUCAGACAGAGGAAAAGAGGUCAGAGGAGUCUGGGAUUGCGGCCACGACAGUCUGAGGUGUUUUUUUUUUUUUUUUACAGUCAUUUUGUAAACAGAACAUGCACCAACUGUCCUGAAUCGGAUCAGACUCAUCUCCAUUCUGCUCAGCUGACCUGGACUGAACACCACCCUUCCUGUCGAACAUUAUUUAAUCUAAUCUUGCUAAUAAACAGAAUGAGUUCUUCUCUGUUGUGAGCCAUUCCAACACAAGUCAGUAAAAGUUACUUUAUUCAU